AUGAGUAACCUCACAAUAAUAUGCCCGAAUGCGAAACGAGUGCAAGUGAAGACGACUCCGAUGAUGCUGAUGCGGCAGGUGCUCGAGGAGGCGUGCCUCAAGAGCGGCUUCGAAGUGAACAGCCAUCGACUGCAGACGCAAUCCCGCAAGCCGAUCGACGCUUCGCUCCCAUUCCGACUGAGUGGACUGGCUAACAAUGCGACCCUCGAGAUGACGCAGAAAGAGGCAGCUUCCGAGAACGCCGUCAUCGAUUUGGCUAUCCAAUCCGGGUCGGGAGCUCGUCAUCAGAAGAAAGUGGGCGUGAACGUCCCUCUUUUAGAAGCACUCAAACAAUUUACCGAAUUCGGAGAGGAUUUGACGGCGACCGUGGACGGGACGGUUCCGUGCGUGGUCUACAUGAACAAACGGUACACGGGAGCGGCUGAGCUGACUGCCAACUCCCUGUCGAGCCUAGGAGUUUCAGCGGGAAAGUGUCUGAUACGUCAUAUGAGAAUCAAGUUGAACGCAGAAGAAUUGGCGGCGGUGGAGGCGAAGCAGAAGGAGGAAACCGAACGGAAAAAGGCUUUGGACGCCAAUUUUGCCAAAUUGAAGGAGGAAAAUGCGGAAAGGGAGAGGCUUGAGAAUCAGAGACAGGAGGCGUUUGAAAAGGAGAAGGAAGAGCGAGAGAGAAGAGAGCAGGAGCAGCUGAGAGCCAUUCUGCCUGAGAACCCGGAGCUAAAAGCAACGUCGGAGCUUCAGUGAGUUCGUCGUUUCUCUAGGAAAUAUAAUAAUUAUUUCAGUCAGCGCCGUGACGUGCUUCAGGAGGUUCCUCAGCAGAAUCCCAACUCGUGGUCGUUCGACGGCCCAGCAUUCUCCCGUCCAGCUCCCGGCAACACGAUGCGAAUCGAGGAAUUGAACCGUUUGCUCGAGCGAGUCGACAGCUCUCUGAAUCCCAGCGGAGCAGAGGAGUCGAGAAUGGACGCGAUGGUGAACGCGUUGGCCGACGGAGGACGCAUCUCAUUGGCCCAAGUUCAAGCCAGAGCCGACGUUGUCAUGGAGCAGGAAGUAGAAGAGAAAGAGCCGGCGAUUGUGUUCGCCGAUCCGUGUGACCGAAAAACGGUCGUGUUCCAGAAAAAAGCGAGAAUGCAGACGGAGGAGCCGAUGGAGACCGAAGAGUUUUACGAAGUGAACAUGGAAGACGUGCGCAACAUGCAGAAGGAUCUCCGCAAAACUGUGUAUGUUUACCAAUCACAUCCUGGGUUAAAUCAAAACCAAACUAUUCUUUCCAGACGUGAACAGACUCAGGCGAGCUUUGUGUCGAAGGCCUAUUUGAUCCAAAAGAAUCGUCAGCUGAAAAUGGAAGCGUACAAGCACACGGUCAUCCGAAUAAAAGUCGGAGAACACGUGCUCCAGGCGUGCUUCGACUCUUCUGAACGAAGCUCCAAUCUCGACGUCUUCUUGAAGACAGUGUUCAAGCAGUCGGGAUACAAACUGCUGUUCACUAAUAUGAAAGUGGAAACGAGCGAAUCGAAGAACUUUGUCGAUCUGGAACUCGCUCCGAAGUCCACUUUGAUCGCAAGCUUCGGAGGGCACUCUGUAAAUGCGGCCGAUGUGCUGCACAACGUGUCGGAGGUGAAUCAAGAAGAGGCCGACUCGAUUUCGACAGAUUGGCUGGCCGCCAACAAGCAGUUCAUCCCGUUCAACUCGACGACGAACGAGGAUCGCAAGCAGAAAAGAACCAACUUCAGCUCGGUUUCGUCGCCAUCAUCUGGCGGUCCACCAGCGAAGUCUGCCAUGCCGAAAUGGCUGCAAACCGGAAAGAAAUGA